GGCGGUGAGUUCUUGACAAUUCAGUUCCCGCUUCUAUGAGUUAUCUUUCUCGUCUCUCCUGUGUGAAUGUGUGUGCGUAAUCUCCUUCCCAAGGAGGCGAUACAGUACACACGAUUUGAUCUACAAUCGGUGCGACUAUCGACACAAGAACAGGUUACUAACAGAGUUAUAGAGCUGAUUUCGCUGUGAAAAGCGAAGCUGAUAUGAAAACCACAAAGCGGCUUAAAGAAAAGAGGGUUCCGGCUCCUAAGAAGCCAAAUGCGGUUGUCAGUUGCUCUGGAGUAAAGAAACCUAGAGCAAGAAUUGAAAAACAGAAUAAAAUGGGAAUCAACAAAAAUCAACAGGAUGCCCAACUUUUUCAGCAAGUUACAGUGACAGGCGUAUCUUCUCACGAUGCAGAAGUUGCACAUAAGUCGGAGUCUUUUGAUGUGCUUAAUGAGAAGAUCAAACUUCAGCUUUUUCCUAUUGAUGAAAAAACUCGGAUAGCACUUGAGAAGGAUGGUCAUAAUCCAUUUCUGGAGCUCACCUUACGAGCUCGAAAGAAGAUAUCAUCUGUGCUUAAGCAUCUACAUAGCAAAUGGGGUGCAUCUUUUGUUGCUGCAGGGGAACCCAUUCUUUAUCCAUACAAUAUACAAUUAGGGCAAUUGAAUUCAUACGAACAGUGGACAAUGAGAGACAACAAUAUUAUGGCAGAUUUCGUAUUUAAAGCAGUAGGACGCCCCUCAAUUUUCCGGCUAAGGUAUGGAUGGUCCUCCAAGAAUGAGGUCAAAGGUACUGUGGAAGCACCUAUAUUAAUUUCUUCAGGAGAUUGCUCAAUGAAUGUUGAAGGGAGGAAAAAUGAGACACCAAGAGAAAACUCAUAUAUCAGCAUAAGGGAAAGAGCGUAUACAGAUGGAAAUCAACAUAUGCUGUUAGAUCAACCUGCUCAAAAUAUGGAUGCCAAGGAGAAUGCUAUUAAUAGUCUUGCAAAAACAACAAUGCCAUGGGAUGAUAAUUUGUCUAACCUCAGCUUAACCCGUCUGAUAACUGAAACAUCAUUUCCUCGAAAUACCAAUAGCCUCACUCAAAGAGCAAAAGGAAACAGCUUGGAACCACUUCAAUUGAUCUCAUCUGACAUAAGUAUGGGUGCCCUACUAUCUGAAGCAUCCAUGCAGAAUAAGAUUGAUAACAUCAAACCAGAAUUCAAUGCCCAUGAUUCAAUGCUGAACCCAGAGAUUUGGGAUGGUGGUUUAUCCAACUUAAGCCUUGGAGGCUUGUUUUCUGAUUUAUCCAUGCUGGGUAAGCUUUUGGGUUCAAAUUCCGAUAAAAGCAAAUCAGGCUCACAAGAUCCGUUUACUACUUACCCGUCAAAUUUACAGCCAAGCCAGUUGAACCCAUCAUCAAAUUUCUCACAUUCAUCUAUCCUAGACGCUGAGGAGACAUGCCAUGCAUUCAAUUUCAGGAAAACUUCUUUGUUGGGAAAAGAUGCUGCACAUUCAUCUUUGAAAGGCCAAGCUGAAUUGGGUCAACAAUCUUCUCCAAAUGGGAAGAAAAAAUUGCUACCUCCUCAAGGCCAGUACAAUCACUCCAACUAUAGUCGCGGACUAGCGGAUAUAAAAUGGAAUGAUUCGUUGGGGCCACAUUGAUUACAGAGGGCUCAAAGUGGCAGUUGAUUGAUUAGAUGAGAUGAUAAUCUAAAUUGCAGCUCCUAAAAAGUUAGAUAAAUGCUUUUCUUGGUGUUGUUAAUAGAAAGGAAAAAGGGAAAAACAUUUUCUAGAAUACUUUAAUAUACAAUUGAGAUUAGAUAAAAAGAUGUUUUUUUUUGACUGUUUGUGUUUAAUAUUUUUUAUUUUUAUUUUUAUUUAUUGAUAAAAUUAAACAUAUUCUGAGUAUGUUGCUCAAAGAGUAUGUUAUGUGGAUUAAUCUGAAAACGAACAGUUACUUGGA